AUGUUUCAUAAACAAGGGAAGUUAAGCUCAAACACUCCGAAGACAAACGCGAAUGUUGAUAAUCGUAAUACAGGUCUCCAUGCGGUGGAAUAUGAAGAAGCAAUGGAAGUGGAGCAACCUUUAAGUGAUACUUCUGAGUAUGACCCAUCCUCAGAUGAUGAGCAACAACCGUGGCUUUAUACUGCACCCAAGGGUUGCUGUGGGAAUUCAUGCGAGCAAACGGAUGCUUCUGUAGAUGUAUAUGAUGAGAAUGACGAAGCCAGAGCCUCAGGUGUUAUUGAAGCUGUCUUUGAGAACAUUCUGCGUCACAAACAAGCAGCCGCACGGGGAGAUGUUCGUGUGCUUGGUGGAUCAGGGAUGAUUCGAUGCCUGCCUUGGAAGAUACUCGUUAUUUUUCAUCCUGCAGAGGUUCAUGCAACAAUUGGCGUAUUUGUACAAUGUAAUGCAGAUAGUGAAUCACAAACAUGGAGUUGUACUGCGAAGGCAACAAUUCAGUUAGUUGCCCAGAAACCUAACUGUAAAAGCAAAGAAAUGAAAAUUCAGCACACUUUCACACACAAGGAGAAUGAUUGGGGAUUUCAACAGUUUAUUGGUUAUGAGGAGUUGCUAAAUCCUGAAAGAGGAUUUUUAUCUCCAACUGAGCCGAAAGAUACUAUUAUUAUACGCGCUCAUAUCAAAGCUGAUGCACCUCAUGGUGCUGAUUGGGACUCAAAACGCCAUACUGGAUUUGUUGGCUUAAAAAAUCAGGGAGCUACCUGCUACUUGAAUUCUCUUCUUCAGGCCUUGUAUUGCACUAAUAAGUUAAGACGUGCUGUUUUCCUAAUGCCCACUGAAAGUGACGAUGCUCAAACUAGUGUACCACUAGCAUUGCAGAGAGUGUUUUAUGAAUUACAGUUUAGUAGCCGUGCCGUUGGCACUAAAAAGCUAACUCGCAGCUUUGGUUAG